ACACAACGUCCGCGGCCCGCAAGCACUCAUCUAGUCAUGCUGUCUCCUUCUCAACUCCAGUAGCAGCAACUUCGAUAUCCCUCUUCUCUUCAGCCAGCAAGAUGGCUAUUUGAUCUGAUCAUCUUCUUUCGACUACGGGUGAAGAGAAAAGCUCCAAUUUCUUACACACCGUGACACCGCAUAUCAUUCCAUUCGAUUUCUCUAGACCUUUUCCUAUUUUUGUUGUCUAAACUGGGUCAUCCUCUCUGCCAUUUGCUGCCAUCGUCCAGAGCUGGAUCGCACAGAUUUUAUGCUGUCUUCUCCAUCUGAGUUGUGAUUUCCAUCGGCCCCUCUACAUCCAUCACAACAGCCACUUUGUCACUAAUUUAGGUGGGCAAAUCACAAGGAAAAACUCAACUCUGGAGUGAUGGACUCGAACGUAUCGCACAUUGAGGAUAAAGAAGAUACUUUUUGUGAACCAGAUGGGAAGGAAGGAGAUGAAGGAGAUAAUGUUGUUGAAGAACCAAAGGUUGGAAUGAUAUUUUCAUCAGAGGAAGAAGUGAGAUUAUAUUAUACCAACUACGCGAAGCGUAUGGGUUUUGGUGUUUCGAAAAGAAGCUCCAAUGUCGGAGAUGAUGGGAGAUUAAAAUAUUUCACUCUUGCAUGUGUUCGGCAAGGCACAUCAAGGAGCAAGGCAUCUAACGUUCUUAGGCCAAGAUCAGUGGAGAAAAUGGGAUGCAAGGCCAAGAUAAAUGUCACGUUGACAGCUGAUGGAAAAUAUACAUUGUCUAGUGUCGUUCUUGAACACACACAUGCUUUAAGUCCCGGGAAGGCCAUAUUUUUUAGAUGCCAUAAGAAGCUAGGUGAUAGUAUCAAAAGAAAACGUGAAGUAAAUGAUGCGGCUGGACUCAAAGUGCGUAAGAACUACAAGUCAUUUGUACAUGAAGCUGGGGGGUACGAGAAUCUUUCUUCUGGCAAAAAAGAUUGCUGCAAUGACAUGGGGAAGGCGAGACGACUUCAGCUUUCUGUAGAAGGUGUCGAAGCUCUACGAAAUUAUUUCAUUAAAAUGCAAGAGAAAAAUGAUAAGUUCUACUACGUGAUAGAUGUGGACAAUGAAAGCCAACUAAGAAAUGUUUUUUGGGCAGAUGCUCGAAGUAGAGCUGCAUAUGAUUCUUUUGGCGAUGUGAUAACAUUCGACACCACCUAUCUAAACAAUGCAUAUAGGAUGUCAUUUGCUCCUUUCAUGGGAGUUAAUCAUCAUGGCCAGUUAAUCCUUUUUGGGUGUGGAUUAAUAUCCAAUGAGGACACGGAAACUUUUGUGUGGUUAUUUAACGCAUGGCUGAAAUGUAUGAAUGGACAAGCUCCAAGUGCAAUAAUCACAAACCAAGAUAAAGAGAUGCAAAAUGCAAUUGCAACGGUAUUCCCAAGAUCCCGACACAGAUUUUGUUUGUGGCAUGUGAUAAAUAAACUUUCAGAAAAACUUGGAUCACACUCUCAAUAUGAAGCUAUCAAGUGUACUAUACAAGGUUUUGUCUAUGACUCCUUGAGCUGUGAGGAGUUUGAACAAAAUUGGAAAUGCUUGCUUGAUAGUUACAAUCUCCGUGAUAACGCAUGGCUGGAUUGGAUCUAUGGUGAGCGGCAUCUUUGGGUACCGGUCUAUGUAAAAAAUACAUUUUGGGCUGGGUUGUCUACUACACAGCGAAGUGAAAGCAUGAAUUAUUUCUUUGAAGAUUGUGUGAACUCAAAGUCCAUGCCUAAUCAAUUUGUUGAGCAGUAUAAUAAUGCCUUGAGGAGAAAAGUAGAGAAUGAAAACGCAGUUGAUUUUAGUUCCUUGGGUACUGCAAUCACAUGUAUUACUCAUUAUCCUAUUGAGAAACAAUUUCAGGAACUUUACACCAAUGCCAAAUUUAGAGAAGUCCAAGAUGAGUUCAAGGGAUUGUUGUAUUGUUGUGCAGCGUUGGUUACAUGUGAGGGUGCGAUGUAUACUUACCAAGUUCGUGAUGAGGUGAAGGGUUUUGAGGGUUUCAUAAAAAGGACGAACUUUUGUGUUUCAUUUAAUGAUGCUGAUUUUGAGGUGAAAUGCAGUUGUUGCCUGUUUGAGUUUAGAGGUAUCUUGUGCAGACAUGCGCUUCGUGUGCUCACUAAUCUAGAAAAACAAUUGUUGCCGCCAAAAUAUAUUCUUGAUCGGUGGAGAAAAGACUUGAAACGGAGAUAUACAUUAGUCAAGAGUAGUUAUGACGAUUUGAGUGACAGCCCUGCAGCACAGAGAUAUGAUAGGCUAACCCAGUAUUUUGCUGAAAUUGCAUCCCAAUCAUCAGAAAGCGAGGCGAUUUGUGGAGAGUUGAUUCGGCGAUUGGAGCUAUUCCAAAGUGAAUUCUUGCAUCAUCGAAAAAAGCGUGAUACGAGUCCAUUAGCCCGUCAAAGUGAGAUAUGGAGCAUGCAGAGCAAAUCUUUUAUGUGAAUCCUGCACCUUGACAUGUACGUUAUAUAUUAGAUUUAGAUAAAAUUGGAAGCAAGAGGUUGUUGGGUGGAGUAUACUUUGUACCUCUCAUUUAUAAUUGCAUUAAAAAAACGGCUAGAUUGGGUAUC